ACCGAUAUCAUCUCUGAAGACAAUGUGCCCAGACUGGCUGAUCUCAUCGAGCCUUGGUUCAUAUUUUCCUUCGUCUGGUCUCUGGGGGCAUCAUGUGACAAUGACAGCCGUGUCAAAUUUGAUGCCUGGCUGAGACAGACUAUGGCAGACAAUAAUGUAAGCAGACUUGUGGGAUGGUUCUUGUUAAAUAAAGAUAGAAUUUUGUUUUAGAAUUCAGCUACGGUUUAUAAAGUUACAAAACAAGACAUCUCAAGAAAACAACUGUCUGAAAAUGAUGGGGAAUAACCUCCAAAUUUAUUACUAAGACUAACUGUUUCAAGAAAAGUUAUUUUUAGGUUGUACUGCUGGGGGGUGGGGGGGGGAUGUGAGGUGUUAAUUAAAAAACAAAAAAUUGUAACUUGAAGCGUUAUGAGCCAGGGGCUGUUGGGAGAAAGUUAAACCGUGUACUGUACAAGCUUAGAAUUUUAUCAACUCUGGCAUUUGUUUCCAACAUUUUAGAUUGCAUUGAAGUUUCCCAGUGUUGGCUUAGUCUAUGAUUACAAACUGGAUGAUGCUGGGAUAGUGAGCCAAGAGGAGGAGGAAGAGGAAGGUGGAGAAAGGGUGAGAGGACUUUGA